AUGAAGUCGUUAAUCCCCUCCCAGCGCUGCAGCUUCAGAGCUAUCCAGUCCGCAAGUCGACCUCGCCGAUACGCCUCGACCUCAAAUGCCUCCGCGACGGCUUCUCGAAAAAACCGCUGGUUGGGGGUUCUCGUCGUGACCGCUACGGCAGCUGGCGCUGGCGCCUAUCUUCGAUCACAAAGCCCUGGAUCAACGACGCUGAAUGAGGAAACAUUCACCAAGUACAGUCUUGUCUCCAGAGAACAGGUUUCGGCCACAAGUAGCCUGUUCACCCUUCGACCCCGAUACCCCAGCGGCAGCAACUACGAUGUCUACGAAAGCGCAUGGCGCAUCGGUGUAUGGAGUGUGAUGUUCAAGCAGCCCCAACUACAAAUCGGCCGUGACUAUACACCUCUCCCUCCGACAUCUGCGACGACUUUGACCGUGGAUGAGGAAAAUGAAGGGUACCUGCAGUUCUUUAUACGGAAAGAUCCGUUCGGCGAGGUCUCCCGAUACCUGCAUACCCUGAGUAUAGGGGCCGAUAUUGAAAUGCGAGGUCCCCAGAUUGAGUGCGCAAUCCCGGAUGAGACGCAGGAGAUUAUCUUCAUCGCUGGCGGUACUGGGAUUGCGCCUGCGUUGCAGGCGGGAUACUCGCUUCUCAGUCGCCGAAAUGAUGAAUCCCGGCCGAAGAUUCACAUCCUGUGGGCUAGUCGGUUGAAGGAAGACUGUCUUGGGGGUGACAGCGACACGCCUAGAAGUUUGCCGUCUCGCGGCUCUUGGUUCUCGUGGUUUGGUUCCAAGACCGACGUUCCUGACCAGGGAGCGACAGUUCUUCCGCUCGAGGAGAGGAAGACUUCUCUUGUUGUGAAAGAUCUCGAGGCUCUCAAAUCGCAAUACCCCGGUCAGGUCAAAGUGGACUAUUAUUUAGACGAGGAAAACCGAUUUAUUCGGGUAAACGACAUCUCUGAUGUUGUGAAAUCUAGUGGGCCGUCUGAUGGUCCGCAGAAGAAAUUGAUAGUGGUAUCAGGUCCCGAGGGAUUCAUCAGUUAUAUGGCUGGUCCCAAGGUUUGGGCCCAAGGACAGGAGCUUCAAGGUCCAGUCCAGGGAGUAAUUAAAGAACUCGAUCUAAAUGAUUGGGCCGUUUGGAAGCUAUAA